AUGGCCAUCAAGCAAAACACCUUCUGGAAAGGCCUUUUCACGCUUGUCUCACUCCUAUCUGCCAUCUCCCUUGCGACUGCAAAGUCUGAAUCGAAUCCGCCCGCAGCAGCUUAUGGCAAGACCCUGCCUCGCCUAGCCGGGUUCGUCGUUAACUUGGCAGGCUGGGACUUCGGUGCACAAACAAAUGGCGUAUACUCCCCAGGCAGCACUGGUGUUGCCCCGCCAAAGACUCAAAUCCCGCAUUUCAUUAAGCAGAAUGUCAAUCUGUUGCGAGUGCCCGUGGCCUGGGGGUUCAUCCAACCGGAGAUAAACAAGGAGCUCAACGCGACUAACGCGAAUAUCUACCGUGAAUUUAUCGAAGAUAUCACAAGCCGGGGGGCUUACGCAAUCAUUGACCUUCACGCGUACGCCCGUAACAAUGGCGAGAUUGUCGGCGAGUCGCCGCAAAUGCCCGCUUCUGUCCUUGUCAAUUUGUGGCUUAAGUUAGGGGCUCUCUUCAAGGAUAACAAGCAAGUCAUCCUCGGAUUAUCCAACGAACCUCAUGACCAAAGUAUCGAAAAAUGGGCUGUCACGGUGCAGACUUUGGUCACCGCCAUGAGAAAAGAUGGGAUAAACAACAUCUUGCUGUUACCCGGAACAGACUGGACGUCUCUUAAAGCUUUCCCUGACUGGUACAAAUCUAUGAAAACGGUCAAGAACCCAGACGGGUCUUUCGACGGCCUUUGGUUUGAGGCGCACCGAUACCUCGAUGGUGACAACUCCGGCAAAAGCCGCGAGUGUGUUGCAAGCCACGCUGACGAAGUGGUCAGUAUUGCGAAGAUGCUAAAAGAAGACAGUCGACAAAUUCUACUUGGAGAAACGGGUGGUGGUAGCACCGAAAGCUGCAAGAAAUAUCUUCCGGAAUUGGUCGAGGCAGUCGCUAAUGCAUAUCCUCAUUUUGCGGGCUUCGCCAUUUGGUCGGCUGGUGCUUUUGAUGCGACGUACGAGCUCGUUGUUACAGUGAAAGACGAGUCAUCGCCGACUGGAUGGAAAGAUCAAGAGAAUUGGCUAUCGAUCAAAAAAUUUCUCCCAACCCACCCUCCCACCGCGCACAAGAAGGCGGCCGACAAAGGAGCGAAAGAGCAAGAGAAGAACAAAGGGUCGAAGCAUGGAAGGAGGUCGAUUGUAUCCAAUUAG